AUGGAUGAUAUAUGGAGUAUACAGGUGUGGGAAAAGAUCAGAUCUUUCUUUCCUGAUUACAAUAAUGGUAGUCGAAUAAUCAUAACAACUAGGCUAUCAAAUUUGACUUCGUACUUGGGUGAGUCUUAUGGCGUUGGUAUGAAAUUUCUAGAUGAGGCUAGUAGUUGGGAUUUGUUCACCAACAUUGUGUUUGGGGGAGAAAGUUUUCCUCCUGAGUUGGAGGAUAUUGGAAAGAAUAUUGUAGCAAAUUGUAAAGGGCUUCCUUUAUCAAUUGCUACAAUUGGAGGUCUGUUAGCAAAAUCUGAGCGCACUAGAAAAUAUUGGGGGCGUAUAGAGCAAAAUUUAAAUUCAAUUGUCAUUGCGAAUAAUGAUAAAUUUUGCUUGAAAAUAUUGCGAAUGAGCUAUACCUUUCUGCCCAACUAUUUGAAGCCAUGUUUUUUGUAUAUGGGUGUUUUUGAGGAAGAUCGUUCAAUUCGUGUCUCAAUGCUGAAGAAGCUAUGGGUUUCUGAAGGAUUUUUAAAACCCGUGAGUGGAAAAUGUUGGGAAACGAUAGCGGAAGAGUACUUGAACGAAUUGGUAGAUAGAAAUCUUAUUUUAGUUGAUGAGUUGGGGUUUAGUGGAAAUGUUAAGUACUGUAAGAUUCAUGAUUUGUUGAGGGAUGUGUGCUUGAAAGAAGUUGAAAAGGAGAGGUUUUAUCGUAUCAUAGAAAAGUCUCCUUCAGUCAUAGAUACCGAACGUCGGGUUGUUUUUGAAAAUGCUGGAAGUAGGGUCAUACGUGAAGUCUUGAGAUCUUUGUCACAUGCUCGUUCUAUAAUAUGUGAUGAGGAGGGGAAAAACUUUGAAUGGCCUCUCAACCUUAGAUUGUUGAGAACAUUCAAAGCAUAUGACAGAGAUACACAUCGACCACAACAUGGACGUGGUGUUCAUUUCCUAGGCGAUGUUUUUCAAUUGGUGAACUCACGGCACCUUGCUGUUAGACUUCAUUGGAAGUCCAAAUUCCCAUCUUCAGUCAAUUUGCUUUGGAACAUGUCUACGUUAAUAAUUGAGAUUUCGCAUGAUCUUAUUGCACCGAUUGAGUUUUGGAAAUUGCAUCAACUUAGGCAUCUCGAGUUUGUGGAAGAAGCAUUGAUUCUCCCAGAUACUCCGCGUGACAUCGUUAUCAUGGAGAAUCUACAAACGCUCAUAAGAGUAAAGAAUUUGUAUUUGAAUACGGAGGUGGUUAAAAGAAUUCCCAAUCUCAAGAAAUUGCAUCUAGUUUACGAAUCCGAAGAAAUGGAGGGUUUUCUCAUCAAUAUUUUGAGUAAAUUGAAACAAAUGGAGAGAGCAAACAGUUUCAGCUAUCUUGAGUGUCUGAAUAAAUUGGAAAACUUGUUCUGCCACUUCUCUUUUGAUUAUGGAUGUGAUGAGUAUUUACAGAGGAUUAGUCUCCCACACUCCCUCAAGAAGUUGAAGUUAUGUCUAAGUGUAUCUGAUCAUCUGGAUUUGGUAGAGAUAUUGGAAAAGAUAGGGUGGUUGCCCCUUCUUCAGAAGUUAGUACUAGAAAAUGGUAGCUUCAAAACAGGCAAGUGGGACACUAUUGAGGGCCAAUUCCAGAGCCUCAGGUUACUACAAUUGGACAGUUGUGGUGGUCUAAAGAACUGGACGAUGGCAGAGAGCUCCCACUUUCCACUUCUCCAGGAGCUUCGUCUUCUAAGAUUAACAGAAUUGGAGGAGAUCCCUUUAGAAGUUGGAGAAAUAGCAACGCUGAAAUCAAUUUAUUUGGAAAAUUGCAGUGAAUCAGCGGUAGUGUCAGCUAAACUGAUAGUAGAAGAACAAGAGUAUUUAUAUGGAGACCAAUUUGACCUUCAUGUUCGAGCUCUACUUCGAAAACCAGACGAAAGACUGCUGAGAUUGGCAAGUCCCAAUUUUGAAGUUACAGUGAUGAGAAAGUUAUUAGAAUAA